AUGUCACCACCUUACAGUAGUUGUAGUCGUCCACCUUCUAGGAACUCAAUCCCACCGCGUAUCUAUCAUACUGAUUGUGUUGGUUACCUACCUAUUCGGUUCACUAUCUUAAGCGUUUCCGAUGUUCUGGGAAACAUAGUCGAACACACAGAACCACCAUGUGGUUAUACGAUUACGCGUUGGGUAGUCGGUGGAGGUCUGAAUGGGUUCAGUGAUGUAUGCAACCAUAUCACUGAUGCAUUCAAUAUAGAUGAAAGCACCUAUCAAUCUGAUAGACAAAAUCUCAAAAUAACGGAGGCUGUCAAUUAUUCCCUUUCACCUUCAUUGUACACAAAUCCAUCCAUUCAUGUGAAUAUCACAGAUGUCAACAAUGACAGUGUGAAUCAUUCGACCAGUCAUCCAGUCAUCCAACUUCAUCACAGUCUCCCACAGUAUGACUCAUUAUUUCUUCAAUAUCACAAUUACGUCAGUCGAUAUAAUAGAGAGAUGAAUAGUGAACAAGUGAAUGCGUUGACCACAACGGGGACCAAAUUGAAGAUGCUUCAUCGUAACCACAAAUAUCCGCCUCAUCAAUACCAGUAUCAUGAUCAUCAUCGUCAUCAUCAUACCCAUCCUCAACCUGAUCUGCAUGACAUGCAAUUAUGCAAAGGAGUUAUGAGGAUGGGAGCAGAAGAGGAAGAAGAAGGAGGAGGAGGAGGAGGUGAGCCUAAACCAAAUUUCAGCUACAUUGGAUUGAUAGCAAAGGCGAUACUCAGUACUCAAGAGAGACGUAUGAUUCUCUCCGAGAUUUAUCAGUGGAUUCAAUCACGCUACGCCUACUUUCGUACACGUGGUCCUGGUUGGCGUAAUUCAAUUCGACACAACUUGUCGUUGAAUGACUGUUUCGUUAAAGUUGGAAGAGCAACGAACGGCAAGGGACACUACUGGGGAAUACAUCCAGCCAAUUUGAAAGACUUCCUCUGUGGUGAUUUCAGGAGACGUAGAGCACAACGGAAGAGAGUCCAUUAG